AUCCAGCAGUGAACUCCAAGCUUGCAAACAUAUUUUACUUCCAUUUCUUGCAACCUCAACAUUACUUAUAUAACUCACAUGAAAAUCAAACAUAGAUUACGGCGAAAACGGUACUCAAGAUGAGUUCGUAUUUUUCCUGCUGCAUUAUUUUUCUCUCUGUCGUCUGUUUCUGCACCAAAAUCUGUUCUGCAGACUCAGAUAACCUCCAGGACACUUGCCCUACGUCCCCGCCAGGAAAGCAAACCAUCUUCAUCAAUGGCUUCCCAUGCAAGAAUCCAAACAGCAUCGCUGCCCCCGACUUCAAAACCUCCAAGCUAACCGAACCUGGCAACACAGACAAUUUCUUUGGCUCCUCAGUGACUCUAGUCACUGCUGCAGACUUUCCAGGCCUCAACACGCUUGGCCUCUCAAUUGCGCGAACAGACUUGAGAAUAGAUGGCAUGGUGAGCCUCCACUCCCACCCUCGGGCAUCCGAACUGUUCUUUGUGAGCAAAGGAAUUGUACUUGCUGGGUUUAUUGACACCAAAAACCAGCCAUUCCAACAGGUUCUUGCAGAAGGAGAUGUGUUUGUUUUCCCAAAGGGUUUGCUUCAUUUUUCUCUGAAUUUUGGGUACGAUUUCGCCACUGUUUUCUCAGUUUUCAACAGCCAGAAUCCAGGGGUUGUGGAAAUUUCUGGUGCCAUAUUUCAAUCUGAUCUGGAUAUGAUUGACAGUAUGACAAAGGGGUUUCUCACUCAUCACAUCGGAAAUCUCACUCUUAACAAGCAGCAAUUCAGAAAGUUAAAUCCUAUCAUAUGAAGAUAAAUGAUUCUGAGUGCAUGAUCUAGUAGUUAAAUACGUAGGAGUGUUUGAAGUGUGGCACUAGUCCCAUGAGUUUGUGGUUUGAGAUUAAGAGUGAUCAUAUUAAAGCUAUUUUGAUUUAUGGGGUGGGGUUCAGACUUGAAUGUAAAGGGACGGACACACUGUUUUGACCAAUAGUUCUAAUUCAUGUCUACAAAAGUGUUUAUAAAGUAAGACUGCCCUUGCUAUAUAUAAUGUAAAGCUUUAUAGCCUACUUUAUGGCAGAAUCUAUUGCUUUUGUGUUUUAUAUC